GUGUCCCCGCGCGUUUCCAAACUUGGAGAGGGCUUGGGAGGGGCGGGAGCGCGGGGGUGGGGGGCGGAGGGAGCCAGACAGCGACUCAGACUUUCCCCUCGAAACCCUCAAAAGUGUCCACGUCCUCAAAAAGAAUGGAACCAAUUUAAGAGGCCGGCCCCCGGCCACGUCCCUUCCCCGCUCCCGCCCCUGCGCCCCCGCAGUCUCCUCCCGGGCCCCGCGCGCCCAUUGGCCGAGGCGCUUUUGGAGGCGCCCUCGGGCCGGGGAAACUUUUGCCAUAUAAAUAAGGCCGAUCCGGGCUUUAUUAUUUUAGCACCAGGACGGCAGGAGGUUUCGGCUAAGUUGAAGGUGCGGCCGCCACUGCAUGCCCGCGCCCGCCAGGUGAUCCUCGCCGUGAGCCGGGCCUGCGACACAAGGAGUCUGCAUGUCUAAGUGGUAGACAUGCUCAGCUUUGUGGCCUCGCGGACGGUGCUGCUGCUCGCAGUCACUUGGUGCCUAACAACAUGCCAAUCUUUACAAAAGGAAACUCUGAGAAAGGGCCCCACUGGGGACAGAGGACCGCGCGGAGAAAGGGGUCCACCAGGCACCCCAGGCAGAGAUGGUGAAAAUGGUCCCCGUGGCCCUCCUGGGCCACCUGGCCUUCCUGGCCCCCCUGGUCUUGGUGGGAACUUUGCUGCCCAGUAUGAUGGCAAAGGAGUCGGACUUGGCCCUGGACCCAUGGGUUUAAUGGGACCCAGAGGCCCUCCUGGUGCCGUUGGUGCCCCUGGACCUCAAGGCUUCCAAGGACCUGCUGGUGAGCCUGGUGAGCCUGGUCAAAGUGGUCCUGCAGGUUCCCGUGGUCCAGCUGGCCCUCCUGGCAAGGCUGGUGAAGAUGGUCACCCCGGAAAACCUGGACGACCUGGUGAGAGAGGCGUUGUUGGCCCUCAGGGUGCUCGUGGAUUCCCUGGAACUCCUGGACUUCCUGGCUUCAAAGGCAUUAGGGGACACAAUGGCAUGGAUGGAUUGAAGGGACAGGCUGGAGCUCCAGGUGUGAAGGGUGAGCCUGGUGCCCCUGGUGAAAACGGAACUCCAGGUCAAGCAGGAGCUCGUGGACUUCCUGGAGAGAGAGGACGUGUCGGUGCCCCUGGCCCAACUGGCGCCCGUGGCAGUGAUGGCAGUGUCGGUCCUGUGGGUCCUGUUGGUCCUGUUGGAGCUGCCGGCCCUCCAGGCUUCCCAGGAGCCCCUGGUCCCAAGGGUGAAAUUGGGCCUGUGGGCAACACUGGUGCUUCUGGCCCUGCGGGUCCCCGUGGUGAAGUCGGUCUUCCAGGUCUUUCCGGCCCUGUUGGACCCCCUGGAAACCCUGGAGCUAACGGCCUUCCUGGUUCCAAGGGUGCAGCUGGUCUUCCUGGUGUGGCUGGAGCUCCUGGCCUCCCAGGUCCCCGUGGUAUUCCUGGCCCCGUUGGUGCUGCUGGUGCUACUGGUGCUAGAGGACUUGUUGGUGACCCUGGUCCAGCUGGUUCCAAAGGAGAAACUGGAAACAAGGGUGAGCCUGGCUCUGCUGGACCCCAAGGUCCUCCUGGUCCCAGUGGUGAAGAAGGAAAGAGAGGCUCCAAUGGUGAAGUUGGAUCUGCUGGACCCCCAGGACCUCCUGGGCUGAGAGGUACUCCUGGCUCUCGCGGUCUUCCUGGAGCUGAUGGCAGAGCCGGUGUCAUGGGCCCUGCUGGUAGCCGUGGUGCCACUGGCCCUGCUGGAGUCCGAGGCCCCAACGGAGAUGCUGGUCGCCCUGGGGAGCCUGGUCUCAUGGGACCCCGAGGUCUUCCUGGCUCCCCUGGAAAUGUUGGCCCAGCUGGUAAAGAAGGCCCUGUGGGUCUCCCUGGUAUUGAUGGCAGGCCUGGUCCAAUCGGCCCAGCUGGUGCAAGAGGUGAAGCUGGCAACAUCGGAUUCCCUGGACCCAAAGGCCCCACUGGUGAUCCUGGCAAAAAUGGUGAUAAAGGUCAUCCUGGUCUUGCUGGUGCUCGGGGUGCUCCUGGUCCUGACGGAAACAAUGGUGCUCAGGGACCUCCUGGACCCCAGGGUGUCCAAGGUGGCAAAGGCGAACAGGGUCCAGCUGGUCCUCCAGGUUUCCAGGGCCUGCCUGGCCCUUCAGGCCCAGCUGGUGAAGUUGGCAAACCGGGAGAAAGGGGUCUCCCUGGUGAAUUUGGUCUCCCGGGUCCUGCUGGUGCAAGAGGGGAACGUGGUCCCCCCGGUGAGAGUGGUGCAGUUGGUCCCUCUGGUCCCAUUGGAAGUCGAGGUCCUUCUGGACCCCCAGGUCCUGAUGGAAACAAGGGUGAACCUGGUGUGGUUGGUGCUCCGGGUACCGCUGGUGCAUCUGGUCCUGGUGGCCUCCCGGGAGAGAGAGGUGCUGCUGGCAUACCUGGAGGCAAGGGAGAAAAGGGUGAAACUGGUCACAGAGGUGAACCUGGUAACACUGGCCGGGAUGGUUCUCGUGGUGCUCCUGGUGCUAUAGGUGCCCCUGGUCCAGGUGGAGCUACAGGUGACCGGGGUGAAGCUGGUGCCGCUGGUCCUGCUGGCCCUGCUGGUCCUCGCGGUAGCCCUGGUGAACGUGGUGAAGUUGGUCCUGCUGGCCCCAACGGAUUUGCUGGUCCCGCGGGUGCUGCUGGUCAACCUGGUGCUAAAGGCGAGAGAGGCACCAAGGGACCUAAAGGUGAAAAUGGUGUCGUUGGUCCCACUGGCCCUGUCGGAGCUGCAGGCCCCUCUGGUCCAAAUGGUCCCCCUGGUCCUGCUGGAAGUCGUGGUGAUGGCGGUCCCCCUGGUAUGACUGGUUUCCCUGGUGCUGCUGGACGGACAGGUCCCCCUGGACCAUCUGGUAUCACUGGCCCCCCUGGUCCCCCUGGUCCUGCUGGUAAAGAAGGCAUCCGAGGCCCUCGCGGUGACCAAGGUCCAGUGGGCCGAGCUGGUGACACAGGUGCAGGUGGCCCCCCUGGCUUUGUUGGAGAGAAGGGUCCCUCUGGAGAGCCUGGUACUGCUGGACCCCCUGGUACCCCUGGUCCCCAGGGUCUCCUCGGUGCUCCUGGUAUCCUGGGUCUCCCUGGCUCUAGAGGUGAACGUGGUCUGCCAGGUAUCGCUGGUUCUUCGGGUGAGCCCGGUCCCCUGGGCCUUGCAGGCCCUCCUGGCGCGCGUGGUCCCCCUGGUAACGUGGGCAGUCCUGGAGUCAACGGUGCUCCCGGAGAAGCUGGUCGUGACGGCAAUCCUGGCAGCGAUGGUCCCCCAGGUCGUGAUGGCCAACCUGGACACAAGGGAGAGCGUGGUUACCCUGGCAACAUCGGGCCCACUGGUACUGCAGGUGCACCUGGUCCUCACGGCCCUGUUGGUCCUUCUGGCAAACAUGGAAACCGUGGUGAACCUGGUCCUGCUGGAUCUGUUGGUCCUGUUGGUGCUGUUGGUCCCAGAGGUCCAAGUGGCCCACAAGGCAUCCGAGGUGACAAGGGAGAGGUUGGCGAUAAAGGGGCCAGAGGCCUUCCUGGCAUGAAGGGACACAAUGGAUUGCAAGGUCUCCCAGGUCUUGCUGGUCAACAUGGUGAUCAAGGUGCUCCUGGCCCUGUGGGUCCUGCUGGUCCCAGGGGCCCUGCUGGUCCCUCUGGUCCUGCAGGCAAAGACGGUCGCGCUGGACACCCUGGUGCUGUUGGACCUGCUGGUGUUCGAGGCUCUCAGGGUAGCCAAGGACCUGCUGGCCCUCCUGGUCCCCCCGGCCCCCCUGGGCCUCCUGGUGCAAGUGGUGGUGGUUAUGACUUCGGCUUCGACGGAGACUUUUACAGGGCUGACCAGCCCCGUUCACCACCUUCUCUCAGACCAAAGGAUUAUGAAGUUGAUGCCACUCUGAAGUCUCUCAACAACCAGAUUGAGACCCUUCUUACUCCUGAAGGCUCUAGGAAGAACCCCGCACGCACCUGCCGUGACCUGAGACUCAGCCACCCAGAGUGGAGCAGUGGUUACUACUGGAUUGACCCUAACCAAGGAUGCACUAUGGACGCUAUCAAAGUAUACUGUGAUUUCUCUACUGGCGAGACCUGCAUCCGGGCCCAGCCUGAAAGCAUCACACCCAAGACCUGGUACAGAAACUCCAAGACCAAGAAACACGUUUGGUUAGGAGAAACCAUCAAUGGUGGCAGCCAGUUCGAAUACAACACCGAAGGGGUCACUUCCAAGGAGAUGGCCACUCAGCUUGCCUUCAUGCGCCUGUUGGCCAACCGUGCAUCCCAGAACAUCACCUACCACUGCAGGAACAGCAUCGCCUACCUGGAUGGGGAGACAGGCAGCCUGAGCAAGGCUGUCAUCCUGCAAGGCUCCAAUGAUGUCGAGCUGGUCCCUGAGGGCAACAGCAGGUUCACUUACACUGUUCUCGUGGAUGGCUGCUCUAAAAAGACAAAUGAAUGGGAGAAGACAAUCAUUGAAUACAAAACAAACAAGCCAUCUCGCCUGCCUUUCCUGGACAUUGCACCUUUGGACAUCGGUGAUGCUGACCAAGAAAUCCGUUUAGAGGUUGGCCCAGUCUGUUUCAAAUGAAUGAACUCAAACCUAAAUUAAAAACCAAAAAAAGAAACCUGAACAAACUCUCUCUCUCUCUCUGCCAUUUCUUCUUCUUCUUCUUCUUUUGUAACUGAAAGCUGAAUCCUUCUGCUUCUUCUGAACAAUCUACUUGCUAAAAUUGUGAGCAAAAGAGAAGGCUCAAUCGGAGCAUUGUGCAAUACAAUUCAAUUAACGCCCUCCCUACAACCCCUCCCCAAAAGAUUUGCAAAGUUUUUUCAACACUCUUACACCUGUUGUGGAAAAUGUCAACCUUUGUUAGAAAACCAAAAUAAAAAUUGAAAAAUAAAAUAAAAACCAUGAACAUUCA